AGCUGGAGUGGAGAAAAGGUGAAGCGGUUCUAGAACCUUUCUUCUCUGCCAGGGCACCGUUGUGUUUGCUCGUCGGUUUCGGCUUCCUUUUCUCUGGUGAAAUCGGAGCCCAUUCUGCGUUGUUUGGGUUUUCCUUAGGGCGGGCAAGUGUGUGUCAGGGGAAGGGCGCGACGUCGGCCAGGAGGAGGGUCCCCUCUGCUCUCGUCCACCCGCCUUGCGGGCCCUUCGGUGUUAGGAAUCUGAAGUAAACAAAGCAUGAUGUCUUCAGCUGAAUAUACAAUUGGUGGGGUGAAGAUUAACUUUCCUUAUAAAGCUUAUCCAUCACAGCUUGCUAUGAUGAAUUCUAUUGUCAGAGGAUUAAACAGUAAGCAGCACUGUUUAUUGGAGAGCCCCACAGGGAGUGGGAAAAGCUUAGCCUUACUUUGUUCUGCUUUAGCAUGGCAGCAGUCUCUUAGUGGGAAGCCAGUGGAUGAAAGCUUAAGAAAGAAAACUGAAGUACCAUUGUCAUGUUGUUGUACGUGCCAUUCAAAGAAUUUUGCAAACAGUGAUGUGCACCAGCGAACUUCGUAUCAUUUCAGCCCUCCAAGUACACCACCUUCUGAAAGAAAUGGCACUUUGUCAGGUUCUCAAGACUCUCCUGAAAAAACUACACUGGCUGCAAAGCUAUCUGCUAAGAAGCAGGCAUCUAUGUACAGAGAUGAAAAUGAUGAUUUUAAAGUAGAAAAGAAAAGAAUUCGACCCUUGGAAACUGCACAGCAGAUCAGAAAACGUCAUUGUUUUGAGAAGGAGGUACACCAUUUGGAUGCAAAAGUUGCUUCAGGAAAGACCACAAAACUCAACUCUCCAUUAGGAAAGAUAAACUCCACAUCUCCACAGAAUCCCCCUGGUCACUGUUGUAGGUGCUGUUCUACUAAACAAGGAAACAGUGAAGAUUCUUCAAAUACCACUAAGAAGGAUCAUGGGGGGAAGUCCAAGAUACCCAAAAUAUACUUUGGGACACGCACACACAAGCAGAUUGCUCAGAUUGCUAGAGAGCUCCAGAGAACAGCGUACUCAGGGGUCCCGAUGACUAUUCUUUCCAGCAGGGAUCAUACUUGUGUCCAUCCGGAAGUAAUAGGUAACUUCAACAGAAAUGAAAAAUGCAUGGAAUUGCUGGAUGGGAAAAAUGGAAAAUCCUGCUAUUUUUAUCACGGUGUUCAUAAAAUUAGUGAUCAACACACAUUACAGACUUUCCAAGGGAUGCACAAGGCCUGGGAUAUAGAAGAACUUGUCAGCUUGGGGAAAAAACUAAAGGCAUGUCCAUAUUACACAGCACGAGAACUAAUGCAAGAUGCUGACAUAAUAUUUUGUCCCUACAACUAUCUUCUAGAUGCACAAAUAAGAGAAACUAUGGAGAUCAAUCUGAAAGAACAGGUUGUCAUUUUAGAUGAAGCUCAUAACAUUGAAGACUGUGCUCGGGAAUCAGCAAGUUACAGUGUAACGGAAGUUCAGCUUCGGUUUGCUCGGGAUGAACUAGAUAGUAUGAUUAACUAUAAUAUAAGGAAGAAAGAUCAUGAACCCCUACGAGCUGUGUGCUGCAGCCUCAUUAAUUGGUUAGAAGCAAGCUCUGAACAUCUUGUGGAAAGGGAUUAUGAAUCAUCCUGUAAAGUAUGGAGUGGAAGUGAAAUGCUCUUAAAUUUACACAAAAUGGGCAUCACCACUGCUACUUUUCCCAUUUUGCAGGGACAUUUUUCUGCUGUCCUUCAAAGAGAAGAAAAAGUCCCAUCAAUUCAUGGCAAAGAGGAGGCAAGAGAAAUACCUGUUAUUAGUGCUUCAACUCAAAUAAUGCUCAAAGGACUUUUUAUGGUGCUUGACUAUCUUUUUAGGCAAAAUAGCAGAUUUGCAGAUGAUUAUAAAGUCGCUAUUCAACAGACUUACUCUUGGAUAAAUCAGACUGAUACUACAGAUAAAAAUGGAUUCUUGAUUGUAUCAAAAAAUAAGAAACGUUCACGGCAGAAAGCAGCAGUUCAUGUGCUAAAUUUUUGGUGCUUAAAUCCAGCUGUGGCCUUUUCAGAUAUUAAUGGCAAGGUUUGGACAAUUGUUUUGACAUCUGGGACAUUAUCACCAAUGAAAUCCUUUUCAUCAGAACUUGGUGUUACAUUUACUAUUCAAUUAGAGGCUAAUCAUGUCAUUAAUAACUCACAGGUUUGGGUUGGCACCAUUGGGUCAGGGCCCAAGGGUCGCAAUCUCUGUGCUACCUUCCAGCACACGGAAACAUUUGAAUUCCAGGAUGAAGUGGGAGCACUUUUGUUAUCUGUGUGCCAGACUGUUAGCCAGGGAAUUUUGUGUUUCCUGCCAUCUUACAAGUUAUUAGAAAAGUUAAAAGAACGUUGGCUCUCUACUGGUUUAUGGCAUAAUCUGGAGUUGGUGAAGACAGUCAUUGUAGAACCACAGGGAGGAGAAAAAAUUGAUUUUGAUGAAUUACUGCAGGUGUACUACGAUGCAAUCAAGUACAAAGGAGAAAAAGAUGGAGCCCUCCUGGUGGCAGUUUGUCGUGGUAAAGUGAGUGAGGGUCUGGAUUUCUCAGAUGAUAAUGCCCGUGCUGUCGUAACAAUAGGAAUUCCUUUUCCAAAUGUGAGAGAUCUUCAGGUUGAACUAAAGAGACAGUAUAAUGAUCAGCAUUCAAAAUUAAGAGGUCUUUUACCAGGUCGUCAGUGGUAUGAAAUUCAAGCAUACAGGGCCUUAAACCAGGCCCUUGGUAGGUGUAUUCGACACAAGAAUGAUUGGGGGGCUCUUAUUCUAGUCGAUGACCGCUUCAGGAGUAACCCAAGUCGAUACAUAUCUGGACUUUCUAAAUGGGUUCGACAGUUGAUUCAGCACCAUUCAACCUUUGAGAGUGCACUGGAGUCCUUGGCUGAAUUUUCCAAAAAGCACCAAAAGGUCAUUGCUGUGUCCAAAGAAGACAGAAAAUCUAUACAGGACAAUGAGUCUACACUUGGGGUGGCUUGUUCGAAGGAUAGUACCUAUUUUUUAGAAGCAGCAAGCCAUUUAUCACCAGAAUAUGCUAUGGAAGAUGAUCCAGAAUUAUUAGAAGAGUCUGCCCAGGCAGUAGGAGCAGAAAGAAUUGUGAUUUCCAGAUCCACAAGCCCAACCUUCAGCAAACAAACAGACCGAGUUAGCUGGUCUGGCAGUAAUUUGGGGGGACAGUAUCUCACUGGUAAAAUUCUGACUGGAACCCCUGUGGUUAGGUCAUCAGAGGACUGUGCCUCUACUUCUUCCACUUUCAAAACAGAAAAGAAAUGUGAAACAGUUUUGCCACUCACUGAUAAAUAUGAGUCCUCAUCUCUGACAGUAGAUACAUCAUUUGGAGCAUGCCCUCAAUCAGAAACCAUUGUUCCAUCUGCAAGCGUUGAUGCUGCUAAUCUGAAUUCAGAAGAUCCAGCAAUUCAGUUGUCUGUAGUAAGUGAAGAAGCUGAACCUUCUGCUUCAAAUACAGCUUCUGAAACAGAAGCAGAUGAGUCUAUCUAUUUUACACCUGAACUUUAUGAUCCUGUAGAUACAAGUGAAGAGAAGAAUGAACUAGCUGUAGCUGAGAGAGACAAUAGAUUGACUAAUAGUUCAAACUGCAUUUUAAUUGAAGAUCUUUUUGAAAUUAAAACUACAAAAGGAGUGGAUUCAGUCAGAGAAAUGAAAGCUGAGGACCAAAGUUGAAAAGACUCAUGCCUAUUUAAGAAAGUAAAGUUGAUGACCUUGGUAGUAAUGUAAAAACAACUCAUAAAUGAAAUGGAACUGGGAAAAUACUCAGGAAAUGGAUAUAAAGAACUUUAAACAGUCUCCUUCCAAAAAUAAAGAUGUGUUCCCUGGUGUUAGGUAAUAAUACUUAACUGUCAAGCUAUAAAAACAUACCCUCAUGCAUAUAUUCAACUAUAUUGUAAAUGAUAAUUUAUAUAUUGGAUAAGUAGCAUGGUUUUGGGGGACUUUUUUAGUUUGAGAUCUAUUUUUCACUUUAAUCCAAAGACUAUAUUAUGUUUAAAAAUACAAGUUUUACUACUCUUGAGUUUUAAUAAAUUUUUUCUUAAAAGAUAUUUUCUUUCAAGAAGUUUUCCUCUGCUAAAUGCUAUAUUGAAUUAAUCAGUUUGAAAGAUAUGUAGUUGACUAGUGCACUUUAAAUUUCACAUGAAUAUUUGUUUUUAUAGUCCUCUUCAUCCAUUUGUUUUCAUACUGAUCUGUAAAAAUUAAUAGCAAUCUAAUCCAGUCACCCAUGGAUCAUGUUUCUCUAGAUUUUACCUCAGAUCAGUCUGAGAUUUUUUUUUUUAGAAGUCACAGUCUUCUUGAAAAGUAUAUUCCUAUAUUAAACUGCCUACUUAUAAGUAAUUAAGAAUUAAGAAAACUACAUGCAUUUCUAAUUGAAAUUGUUUUUUGUUCGUUAAACCUAAAUCAAGCAUGUUUUAAACAAAUUUAUAUAAAAUCAUAAGAUACCAAAUUAAGGACUCCAAAUUUUCAAUUCUGAUUGUUUAGCUUCAUUACCAUUGUGGAAAAUGUGAUCUUUUCUAGCUGAAAGGUUUCAAUUAUGCAGCCAAGAUAGGAAACUUCAAAUAUAAAUUUAAUAAGUAAACCCAAACAUGUAACAGUAGCUGAAAAAUGUUCUGUGGUUAUCUCAGUAAUAAGCCUUUCUGUAAAUUUUGACUCUGUAU